AUGGCACAACCUCUACACCACGAAGCCGGUAAUGCAACCGGUCCUGCGACGGUGACUCGACUACUUCUGCUGAGUGUUUAUUGCCAAAGACCUUCAAAUUUGCUCCGAAAAUACGAGAAUGACUCACUACACCGCAGUACGCAGACUUUUCAUCGAACGGCCCUCGUUCAAGUCAAACGACCUUUUUUCACCGAAGUAAGAGGCUUUCUGGCGCGGCGCGUCGUUCAAAAACGUGAUCAAUUGCGGGGCCACAAAAGCCACCCCUUGAAACAUUCGUCUUUCUGCUACUCUACUCCAACUUCUAAUCACAAGACGCGCCAUGCUAGCGCGUGGUAGGUUCCAACACGACGCCAGGACUCUGGCCCGCCGCUGGAACGGCAACGGCACAGCUGCGACAUUUGAGCAACUCUGAACGCUGCCUUUUCUGCUCUUCCCAUCUUAUCUGUGAUAGUUCAGCAGAAUACUUAUCACAUUCCACUAAAUGGUACCUUUUGAUUGCCAAGAUGAGCAGUUUGCUGGUUUUGGUCACCUUUAUACCACAAAGACAGUGCAAUCACCUAAAAUAAGGCUCACCUUGAUUAUUGUAUUUUCU